AAAUUAGAAUUAUAAAACGGGUAGGUCAUCAAUUUUUCAGCAAAUUUUGCUCCCAUCCAAUUCCAAUCACCUCUCAUCCCUUUAUCCUACGCACACCAUGUGUACGUUAGAGAAGCGUGGAAGCAUUUUCUUCCUCACGCUAACCGGCGCCUCCAAAAAGGACCAGGAGCACCGCCUCAACCCCACGCUCAUCGCCGCCAUCCGCGCGGCGCUAUCCGAAGUCAGAUCGCAAGCCGUCCCCGGAUCGGCGCUCGUCACUCGAGCCGAAGGCCGAUUCUUCUCCAACGGCUUCGACCUCCGCCACGCGCAGGCCGUCGCCGCCGCUUCCACCGCCGCCGAUGCGGCGGCGGCGGAGGUCAUCAACAUGGUGAAUCUGUUCCGCGGCGUCGUCUCCGACCUCCUCACCCUCCCUAUGCCGACCGUCGCCGCCGUGACCGGGCACGCGGCGGCGGCGGGGCUGAUCCUCGCGAUUAGCCACGAUUACGUCGUGAUGACGAAAUCGAGAGCGGUGCUGUACCUGAGCGAGCUCGACAUCGGCAUGAGCCUGCCGGAUUACUUCACGGCUCUGAUCAAGGGCAAAGUAGGCUCCAGCGCUGCGCGGCGGGAGCUGGCGCUCCGCGCGGCGAAGAUCGGCGCCGAUGCGGCGGUGCGGAUGGGGAUCGUCGAUGCGGCGUACGAUUCCGCGGAGGAGGUGGCGGCUGCGGCGGUGCAGACGGCGGAGGAAUUGGGGAAGAAGGAGUGGAGCGGCGAAGCGUACGCGGAGAUUAGGAAGUCUCUGUAUCCAGAUGUUUGCGGUUUGUUAGGAUUGGAAGAGAAGACGGUGUUCCCAUCUAAGCUUUGACAAGGUAAACAAUACUAGUAAUAAGAAUUUGGUGAAAUCAAAUUGUUGAUUAUUAACUUAAUCACCAGAAUUAUAGUAUUGAUGAUUGAUUCAUUUAGAAUCGACUGAUUCUGGAGUUGGAUUUGAAUACGGUAUACUGGAUUAUGAUUUA